UGUAUUUGACAAGUGUGUUUUUCACCUCGUUGGAGAGAGGAGCACAGAGGGAAAAAGGCAGCAAGAGGGAGAAGGGAAGGGGGAGAGAGAGAGCCAGUGAGGGAAGGUGUGGAGCUUCUUAGAGGGAACGGUGCAAGGAAACGCACACAGAGCUGACAAAAGAAACUGAGAAAACUCUGUCAGACUGAAGAAGGAGUUAAGAAAAAACAGCAAUUCAAAACCAAAGCCAAACGCCCACUUCAUCCUGGAGGAUCGUGUUUUGUCAGAGCCAGAGAGGGGAAACUGUUCAUUCUACACAGUGCAACAGACAUUGACCUGCCACCAAUAGCACAGACAGGAAACACAGCACCAUGGAUCCUGGAAACAGCACUUUUGGCAACACAUCGCUCGCCCAAACUCAGCAUCACAGCCUUUGGGAGGUUAUAACCAUCGCUACAGUGUCGGCCAUUGUCAGCUUGAUAACCAUUGUUGGUAAUGUACUGGUCAUGCUGUCCUUUAAAGUAAACAGCCAGCUGAAGACGGUAAACAACUACUACCUGCUGAGUUUGGCAUUCGCUGACCUCAUCAUAGGAGCGCUAUCCAUGAACUUAUACACCACAUAUAUACUGAUGGGUUACUGGUCAUUGGGAAACGUUGCAUGUGAUCUGUGGCUUGCAGUGGAUUACGUAGCCAGCAAUGCUUCAGUUAUGAAUUUACUUGUCAUCAGCUUCGACAGGUAUUUCUCUAUCACAAGACCCCUAACGUACAGGGCAAAGAGGACCCCAAAGAGAGCUGCAAUCAUGAUAGGCCUUGCAUGGCUAGUGUCUUUUGUGCUCUGGGCACCACCCAUUCUGUGCUGGCAGUACUUUGUAGGAGAGAGAAAAGUGCCUGAAAACGAGUGCCAGAUCCAGUUUUUAACUGAGCCAGUGAUCACUUUUGGGACAGCUAUUGCUGCUUUCUACUUUCCAGUCUCUGUUAUGACUAUCCUAUACUGUAGGAUCUACAAGGAGACACAAAAACGGACAAAAGAUCUGGCAGAGCUGCAAGGGCUCACAGCAGAAAAUGUUCCAGAGGGGACUAAACCACAGAGAACUAUUAUUCACUCUUGUUUUCAUUUCACCAGAGAGAGGAGAGACCAGAGUCAUGCCUCCUGGUCCUCAUCUAACCAAAGUAACACCACAAAAACCACCUCUAGGUCAGACGAGGCAUGGGUGAAAGCGGACCAGAUCACUUCCUUUAACAGCGACACUUCAUCUGAUGAAGAGGAGGAGCAUCAUGUUUUAACCCCACAAGGAUCUAACAAAAAGCAAGACAGAGGACGAAGUAAUAAGAAUGGGCAGGUGACUGACUAUACAGAAGAUCCAUAUUUUUCCACUCCUCAAAAGAACAAUGCUAAAAGGUGUAUUUCUGAUAAGUUCAAACUCAGCUCAAAGGGGGAAAAUGGAAAUCCUACACCUGCAACACCCUGCCUGCCUGAAGCAGAACAGCAUGACAACAAGGCCUCCCCCUCCUCUUCCACCACCUCCAAACCCAUGGACACUGCCCUAAAAAACCAAAUCACCAAGAGGAAGAGGAAUGUGCUGGUGAAGGAAAAGAAGGCGGCCAAGACUCUCAGUGCCAUCCUCCUGGCCUUCAUCAUCACAUGGUUGCCAUAUAACAUCAUGGUGCUCAUCUCCACUUUCUGCUCAACGUGCAUCCCUACGACCCUUUGGCACCUGGGAUACUGGCUGUGCUAUGUCAACAGCACGGUCAACCCCAUGUGCUAUGCCCUCUGCAAUAAGAACUUCCAGAAGACCUUCCGCAUGCUUCUCCUCUGCCAGUGGAAGAGGAGGAAGUGAGGAAAGGUCAAGCUGUAUGGGUGUGGACACAACCCAAAUGUCAACAACAAAAUAACUCCAUGUGGUACUGCAACGUUAUAAUGGGCUUUCCUGAUACAUACUGUAGUCAGUGGUCAUCUUCAGCAUGAAGUGAUUUUUGUGUUAAAAUGAGCUGAACCUGAUGCAGCACAGAAGAAACCUCAUGAAAACACUCCUACAGUGGGUAAUGUAUAAGAAUAGGUUCAGAUUAUUUCAAGUCUCUUUUUAAAGGGGAACUCCAUCAAUUUUACACAUCAAAGUCUGUUUACAGGUCUUGGGGAGCACUGCUGCAUAUGUGGAAUAAAAGUUGUAGAUAUAAAGCCUUUCAUGACUUCGGGAGGAGCCCGGUGAAAUUUUUGCCUCAAGUGAUGUCACCGGAGUCAGUGUUGGCUGGAUCUGAAGACUCCAGGUGUUGAAAUGAACAACAUCUGUGGCUGUGGAGUCAGGAAGCAGCAAGCUUACCACAGUUUUGUAGCCUGCAGUUCGGGGCUACAUUAGCUUCUACUAGCAUACCACACCCGACUCUCAGAUGAAACUGUUGCAUUGUGGGUAAUGCAGGCAUCUGAUUUUGACAUGUGUCAGUGGUGGAAGAAGCACUCAAAUACUGUACUUCACUACCAAAACCACAGCAAAAAACAAACAAAAAAAAAACACUCCAGUACAAAUAGAAGUCCCAGAUUUCAAAAUUCAUUAACAAAAUGUACUUAAGUAUGAAAAGUAAAAGUGCUCCUUAUGCAGAAGAAUGGCCCGUCAGUGUUUUACUGUUAUAUGCACUGUAUAAAGGACAUAAUGUAGGCUCACACAUUUAGAAAAUAACAGAGUACAAAAAAAAAAAAA